UGUUCUCCGUUCUCCUCUCUGAAUCUCCAGCAGCUCGUGACGCUGCGCUCAUGUCUCCCCCGAUCAGGCGUCUGGUUUCGGGCAGAACUUUUGUGGAUCUCUGACAGCCGGAGAACACCGCAGAUGUUCCGGCUGUGGCUCCAGGCGGCGGGCUUCCUCUGGCUCUGCCGCGGCUCUCUGGGCGCCUCCGGGCGGCUGUACUCGGAGGAGGAUCCGCUGGUGAUCCUGAGCAGCGACAGCCUGAAGCCCACCGUUACCAACUCGUCCUCGGCCUGGCUGCUCCAGUUCUACUCCUCCUGGUGCGGUCACUGCAUCCAGUACUCCAGCACAUGGAGGGCGCUGGCCCACGACGUCAAAGACUGGCAGGGCGCCAUCGGACUGGCUGUGCUGGACUGCGCCCAGGAGGAGAACUUCGACGUCUGCAAAGAGUUCGGCAUCAAGUUCUACCCGACCUUUAAGUAUUUCCGGGCUCAUGGGGAACCGACGGACAGAGGGACGAUCUACAGAGGAGCCGACAGGGAGGUCCGGUCCGUCCGCCAGCUGAUGAUCGACAUCCUGCAGAACCACACCGCGCUGGACCGGCCCGAGAGCUGCCCUCCAUUGGAGCCGUUCAGCUCCGCCCAGCUGCUCCCCUUGCUGGGCCAAAGGUCCGAUCACUACACCGCCAUCAUCCUGGAGGAACCCGACUCGUUCGUGGGGCGCGAGGUGAUCCUGGACCUGCUGCAGUUCUCAGGUGUUCUGGUGAGGAGAGCUCUGAGCUCUGAUCUCCCCCUGCUGGACGCUCUGAACAUCGCAGCCUUCCCCUCCAUCUACCUGCUGCAUCCAAACGGGAGCCACGCCCAGAUGCACAGUGAGAAGAGGCUGCGCUUCUUCUUCUCCUCCCUGCUGAGGACUCUCCCAGGUGUUCAGCGGCGUCGCAGGUCCGAGGCGGCCCAGAUGGGGGCGCUGCAGGACAGACAGCCCUCAGAACCAUGGAGGGACUUUGACAGGUCCAAGGUCUACACGGCCGACCUGGAGUCGGCGCUCCACUACCUGCUGAGGGUGGAGCUGGCCGCCCACAGCUCGCUGGAGGGGGAGGAGCUACAGGUCUUCAAGGAGUUUGUCACUGUGGUUGCCAAGCUCUAUCCGGGCCGAGGCUCCGUGGUGAAGCUGAUGGAGACGCUCUCUGAUUGGCUGCUCAGCCUGCCUCUGCAGCAGAUCCCCUACCAGGCCGUCAUGGACCUGGUGGACAACAAGAUGAAGAUUUCAGGUGUGUUCCUGGGGGCGGAGCUUCGCUGGGUGGGCUGCCAGGGCAGCAGGCCGGGGCUCCGAGGUUACCCGUGUUCCCUCUGGACUCUGUUCCAUGUUCUGACUGUUCAGCACGAAGCCACGCCCACCGCCUUGGACGGCACAGGUCUGGAGGCCCAGGCUGCCCCGGUGCUGCAGGUGAUGCGUCGCUACAUCCGGACGUUCUUCGGCUGCAGGGAAUGCGCCCGGCACUUUGAGCAGGCGGCCGCCGCGGGGAUGGAGCAGGUGAAGAGUCGGGAGGAGGAGGUGCUGUGGCUGUGGAACCAGCACAACCGGGUCAACGCCAGACUGGCAGGCUCUCUGAGUGACGACCCGCUGUUCCCCAAAGCCCCGUGGCCAAGCCCCGCCCUCUGCCCCGCCUGCCAUGAGGAGAACAACGGCGUCCAUGUUUGGAACCAAGACAACGUCCUCCAGUUCCUGCGACACCACUACGGAGCCGCCAACCUGUCCCCCCGGUACUCCCUGCUCCCCCCGCCGCUCCCUGCUGCUCCCGGUCCAACCAGGGCGCCGCAGCAGGAGCCUCCAGCCGCAGCAGGGGGAGGUGGGAGGGCGGGGGAGCAGAAGGAGGAGGUAGUGAGCGGAGGAGGCGGCGGUGGAGUUUGGAUCCUGGCUCUGGGCUUCAACAGCGUGGACAUGAGUCUGUGUGUGGUUCUGUACGUCUGCUCCUGCCUCGUCCUCAUGCUCCUCUUCUUCUUCUUCAAAGUCCGAUCCAGGAGGUGGAAGACUCGCCACUCCCGGCUCCACGUCUGACCCGGAACAGAUGGUGGCCGUUAUCGUCCUGGUUCUGGAUCCGGAUCAGUGAGCCCGUCCUCCUUGAAGUGGUCGGGUCAGAACCGGACCGGAUCCCACCGGUUCUGGAGGUUUUAGAGACUUUAGAUGUUCUGUUAGUUUCUCUUUUUAUUUAUUUUCCUCUGUGAUCACAUCUGGCCCGAACCGGUCCGGACCUGAACCGGACCCGAACCGGAUCUGAA